AUGUGUGCGCGGGCCUGCAAGGCUUCGAAGGACUGUCAAAGUUCUCCUUUCCAAUCGUAUGUGAAAGACGAUUUUCACUCGGAGUCGAUCGUAUUGGACAAUCAGUGUGAGAAGGACAAGAUCCAAUGCGAGCCGCAGGAAGGGAACGUAGAAUAUAAGUACAUGCUUGUCAACCCCUCCGAGGAGAGACUGCACCACCUGACUACACAACUGAAAUGGAGAGUUCUAGAAGGAUCGGGAGAGGCUAUCUAUGCGAUUGGGGUUGAGGACGAUGGAACCUGCAAAGGAAUCUCAGAGCAAGACCUUGUGUCGUCGCUAGAAACUCUAAAAGAAAUGUCGGAACGAGCAGGAUGUGACAUGGCGAUGGUCCGGAAACAGCAGGGCAAGGAAGGAUGGUGUGCAGAGGUCAUGGUGAGGCAAAAGCCAAUGGACGGACAUUUCAUCGACAUGCGCAUUGCUGUUGUCGGCAAUGUUGAUAGCGGAAAGAGCACGAUAGUAGGUGUGUUGACUUCUGGAAAACUGGACAACGGCAGAGGACUCGCACGGAGCUCGGUCUUUCGGCAUCGGCAUGAGCUUGAAAGCGGAAGGACGUCAAGUAUCACUCAACAUAUCAUGGGCAUCAACGCUAGUGGAGACAUUGUCAACUAUAGCAGCAUACACGCGAAGACAAGCAGCGAGAUCGUGAAAGAAAGUGCGAAAGUUGUCACCUUCAUCGAUCUGGCUGGCCAUGAACGAUACAUUAAGACUACCGUGUAUGGAAUGACUGGCUGUGUUCCAGACUACACCAUGGUUGUGGUCGGAGCAAACAUGGGAGUUCAACGAAUGACCAAGGAACACCUUGGCGUUGCGCUCGCGUUGAAAUGUCCGACAUAUUUUGUUGUCACGAAGGUUGACAUGUGUCCGGACAACGUGCUACAAGGGACUGUCAAUGAGCUGUCGAAGAUCGUGAAGGCACCGGGAAUCCGUAAGAUGCCUCUCAUUGUGAAGAGUGAGAAAGAUGUCAUGACUUGUGCUAAGAGCAUGGCGAGCGAUGCCAGGAUCGCUCCCAUUUUCCUCGUAAGCAGCGUUACAGGCCAGAGCCUGGAGCUGCUGCGACUGUUCCUCAACAUCAUCCCCGCGCAGAAGACGAAAGGGCUCGACGUGAAGGCACCUGCCGAGUUUCACAUCGACGACACUUUCUAUGUGUCGGGCGUCGGGACGGUUGUAGCUGGCACCAUGCUGAGAGGAACGUUGUCGACGAGGAGUAACCUCCUGCUCGGGCCGGACAACAAGGGGCAGUUCCAUCCCAUCCAGCUGAAGUCCAUCAUGAACAAGAGCAUGCCAGUCAAUCAAGUGUCUGCGGGUCAGUCUGCUACCCUCGCAAUCAAGAAGGUCAAGAGAAAUCAGAUCAGGAAGGGAAUGGUCGUGGUGGAUGCCAAGUUGAACCCCCAAGCGUGUCAGAGGUUCACAGCGGAGGUGAUGGUGCUGCAUCAUCCCACUACCAUCGGCAUCAACUACCAGCCUGUCGUUCACUCCCUCACCGUCCGUCAGGCCUGCAAGGUCGUCAGCCUCGACCGCGAGUGCAUCCGCACGGGAGAUCGCGCGCUCGUGACCUUCGAGUUUCUCUUCCGCCCGGAGUAUCUCCUGGUCGGAGCUCGCCUGAUCUUCAGAGAAGGACGGACGAAGGGAAUCGGGAGGAUCAUGCACUUACAUUACCCUGAUGGGACCAGCGUGUCGGUGGAUGACCAAGAAAAUUCUUCUGAGUCGAUGCAAUGAUAAGCUUGUGACAUGUAUCAUUAUUUCUGCUGCAAACCAUCAACUCAUCCUGUAAUAAUCUUCUAUUCGAUAAUUUCUUGCAAAGAACACAAAUUGAAUUCAGACUUC